GACUGGUGCCUGCUGCUCCGCGCCUGGUGGCCUGGUUGCUACUGCUCCGCCUGGUGGCCGGUUGCCUGCUGCUCCGCUUGGUGGCCCGGUGCCUGCUGCUCCGCCUGGUGGCCCCGGUGCCUGCUGCUCCGCCUGAUGGCCCGGUGCCUGCUGCUUCGCCCUGAUGGCCCGCCCAAUGUGCCUCUGUCCGGUGCCCAGCCCGAUGUGCCUCUGUCCAGUGCCCAGCCCGAUGUGCCUCUGUCCGGUGCCCAGCCCGAUGUGCCAGUCUUUGAUAUCCCGCCAGUUACCGGACCCGGGCGGUGGAACAUUAUGCCCAGCUAGGACUGUUUGGAGCGUCCUGAGGCCGCUCCUUGAGGGGGGGGUACUGUCAGGAAUGGAUUUGCCAAUAAUGGUGGACUCACCUGCCUUGUGGGCUGCAGUACCAGGGCUGGCCAGCGCGGGUGCUCUCAGCAAUCAGAGACUAACCCCUGCAAUCAGCCAAACAUCUGAAGCUGAU